CAGCCCAAGCCUAUUUUUCCACGCCGCUGGAUGUCGAGUCGGAAAACUCGGUUUUCUCGUGGCCCAUCGGGUGGCCGCCGGCGCACGAGUCUGUGCGACACGUCGGUGAGCAAGUUUUGGGCACGAGUGGCAGGGUGUCGGCGCCGAACACCAUGUACCCAAUGAACGUGCCGAGGAAGAUAAAGAGGAUUACAUAGCCGUUGAAGUACAUGGCGAGCAGCAUGGCGAAAUACGCGGCCACAUACUGCACGAUGAAGAACAAGGAGCGCACGAACUGGAUGGUCAUGCGUGUGAGAGCACUGGGUCGUGAAGGCUGCUGCUGCUGCUGCUGCUGCUGUCCAUGCAUGGAAUUGUGAGACCCGUUGACUUUGGCGUUGCCGCUGCCGUCGACGUUGCCGUAGAAGCGUCGCAGACAGUAGCGGUCGUACUCGCGCUGUGCACGGCGUGCGACCUCAAUGGCAAUCAUGAGGAAGAAGAUUCCGAUGAUGCUGCCGGCGAAUUUUCCGUGACUUGUGUUUUGCCAUUGCUUGCUGAUGAAGCAGGUGUUGAUUGUGUCCCAGUUCCACGUCAUAGAAAUUACACAGCUGGGCUUGCUGCUUGUGCUUGUACUCGUGCUGCCCAUGCCGCUCAUGCUGCUCAUCGCCGUCGACGCAGCCGUCAUCGCACUGCUCGUCAUCGACAUGCCCAUGUUCAUGCUCAUGCUCGUCAUGGUUGACAUGGACGACGAGGACGUGGGCAUCGCCAUGUUCAUUGUGCUGCUGCUGCUGCUGGAGGCCGUCGUCGAGCCCAUGUCCAUGCUCAUGCCGGACAUAGACAUGUCCAUGUCCAUAGCCACAUGGCCUUCUUCGUGGUGUAAAUCGUGUUCAAGGAAUUGCUCGCCAAGCUGGACCAGCGCCCGACCCACGUGUGCCCGAAUUGUGUCCAUCUGAUGUUGUUGCUAGAGGCUUGUCGGUUGUGUAUGGCGACCAACAAUUCUGUUUUACCAAGUAUAUGAAAUGAAAGCAGCGGGGGAAAUCCGUUCGCUGCUGGUACUGUCGUCGUUGGAUCUGUUCUUUGUUGUUGCUGGGAAAGGGAACGACUUGGUCCCUGCUGGUUGCCUCGUUUUAUACGAAGCUGGAGCACAAAUGGCGCACGGCCAAAAUGCCUCAGCUGCCUUGCUAGAGAGCAUCGUCCUGUGAGCACCCGGUGGUCAUGAGGUGUCAGCGGACGACCGCUGUAUCGCGUAUUGCUUAAGGGCCUUGACUGGGUCUGCUGUGACUUGUUUCAUUGAGGCUGUACAGCCGGAGCCGGUUUGGAGAUUAGAUGGAUGCCUUAUCAGAUAAACUUUAUUGGCGCACACACCAAUUAACGGAACUCCAAGCGCUUCUUUAAAUCAGAUAUACAGGGACACCCGUUAAAAUGCGUAACAAAACACACAGGUUCGCUGGGAGUCAUUGCAAGGUGCGAGGUGCGCACUGCGUCGCCGAUUAGGCUGACGGGGAUGAAGAACAAAGCGCGAAGAGUUGGCUGACUGGUGGCGCUUGUCUUUGAGCGAAAUGUGCGCCGGGUCACGAAACAAAGCAGCUGUUCAAACAUUCGCUGGUGGCGCCUUGCUUGCGAAGAGUUUGCGUGUGUGUGUGUGUGUGUGUGCUGCUGCUAAGGGGGUUGGGUUCUCUCGUUCGUUUGUGUGUGUGUCCCCCUACAUCGAUAGCUUCAUGAGAUUCUGGCCGGUGGGAAGGAAUUGGUAUGCGAGAAUGAGGUCGAAAAGAACGCUGAAAAGGGGCUCCACGCUCAGCGGCGCACUGAGUGGGAGCUCGUAGUAGAUACCAAGAAGCACUCUUGGCAUGAACGAGCUGCAUAUCACCACAGCUAGCACAUUGCGGUACACACGAGCCUUCGACUUGUCUUUUUCGGCGGAGGCUUCAGCGAAGCGCUUGUAGACGAAUAUAGAGACAAGCACGUAUGUGAGGACUUCGGUGUCGUACUGGAGAAAGUCGGAAACUGUCUGGGCGAUGAAGGACAGAUGGGGAACGCCAUCGCACAUGCUGACAAGCACAACCGCCGCAAGAGGAAAGGACGCGAUUGUCACGCAAAGAGGCAGCUUACGGGGAAUUGGCCGCGUAAUUCCAUAGCCGGCAGCAACAAAGAAGAAUGUGAGACGGCACGUUAUUUGCUGCACUUUGUGUACCGCCUCCACAAGCAUGUACUGCCACGAACUGGAGAAACCCCCCGUGUUUUCGAAAGCCACCACAGCGAGAAGGAGGGCAUCUGCGGAAAGAUUGGCCAGGACAGACCAGUGGAUAGGCGAUGUCAAGUGCCUUCUCUUUACACACAAGCAUAACCAAGUGCAGAAGACAAGCACGAGACCGGACACGAGGCAUCCAACGCCAGCAAUGAUGCCCGUCGAAGGUCUCGUGUCCCGUCUUUCAAAAUUGACAACCUCUAUCAACGUGCAGUUCUCAGCUUGUGAACAAGCAAGACACGUUUCUAAAAAUUGGCUGGACUCAUCUUCUGUGCCAACUCCAUCGACGACUGGCAGCGUCUCGCUGAUUAUGUCGUUUUCGUCAUAGGCAACAAUUACGGAAUUCGAGUCUGAAUUGUUAGUACAGACACCACAAAACGAGUAUUCUAGAGAGUCAAGACAGCAGGAAAAAGAUGGAGGACGUAAAGCACCACCAAGUGUCUCUGUACUUGGAUCUAAAUCAAUUCCGUCAAGAGAACUGUCCGCUCGUGCACGCGAAAACGUGCACAAACACGCAAUUAGACGUAUCAAUGGCAGACGCAUAGAAAGCUGUGAGACUGGUUCUUGGUAAGUGGAACACGACGAUGGAUGGGAAAAUAAAGAGAAUUCCCCUGUUGCUCCACGUCACAGCGGAACCAGAAUCCGCUGCAGCGUCUGUUGAGAACAAAGCGAUCGGCUAGACUGCACGUGCGGGCAUUUGCGACAAUUGCAAGACGAAUGAGAGGGUGAAGCGACGCAUUGGGAUGGUCGCCAACUACUGUUUGGGCGACUAGUGAUUGGUUUGGGUUGGUUCGGUGAAGAGACGAGAGGAGAGGAGAAGAGAGGAGAAGAGAAGAGAGAAGACUUGAAUACGAAAGCUUUACACGGUGUUCAGAUUGUCUACCUUACUGGGCUCGUGAAUAGAAGCUAGUGCUUCAGCAGCAUCCUACAGCACGAACAGCAUCCUUACUACUAAUGCACGAAAUCCCCAUCCUCACUCUCUGCCAGAACCUCGUUCAAACACACUACACUCCGUUAAUCCGUUUACAGACGCACUGUCAAUCACUAUUACUGUUUAACGACUCUCGCACCACCGUACUACACUCCUUAGCACCUCACUAAUGCCGCUUAACGAACCACUGCGAGCGUCAUUCUUUCUCCCUCGCCCUCCCUCAGCGGCUCCAUUCCUGUUUCUGCUUACAACUGCACCAUGUCGACGGCGCUGGAAGAAGAGCGCGAAAUUCUCGAGUCCAUUUACCCGGACGAGCUGCAGCUCGUGAACGAACGGACUUUUCGAAUCACUCAGACAAUUUUGCCCGAGGAAUCGCACCUUGAAGAAGAAGUGUCGGUCAUUUUCACGGCCACUUGCGGCGAUGAAUACCCCGAGGUAGUCCCCGAGUUCACCAUCGAAUACGAGCCGUCUUCGGUGUUAGAAGACACCGACAAAGACCGAGUUGUCGCCCUUGUUAAACAAAAUGCGGAGGAAAACAUUGGCAUGGCAAUGCUCUUUUCGUUAUGCUCUAUACUGAAGGAGGAAGUGAUUGCCAUGUUGGAAGAAAAGCAUCAGGCGGAGGAACGCCGCAUUGAAGCUGAGAAGCAGCGACAACUUGCUGCCGAGAACAAAAAGUUCCAAGGCACUCCCGUCACCCGUGAAACAUUCCUGGCUUGGAAGGAGAAGUUUGAUGUUUGGCGUAAGGAACAGGAACGGUUGCAACAAGAGAAGCAACUUAGCGAUGCCCUCUCUGCCGCCUCUUCCGCCGCGGCUCGCAAAGCCAUCCUUGAAACAAAGAUGACCGGUCGCGAGCUAUUCGAAAACAAUCUCGUCAAACUCGAUGACGGUGAGGAGCCCGACGAAGUUGAUGCAGCAGCUUAAAAAGAAUGACGCCUGCGAAGAAACCUUCCCAGAGGUUCUCUCUCUCUCGCAUUCUUAUGCAAACAAUGAAUGCGCCAAGCCGAUGAUCACUCUCACUCCUCCAAUCCUUACUUUUUUUUGUUAAUAAAAACACAUGUUGGCCAACUCUACCUCACCCGUACACUCCAAGCUCAAUCGUUCAAAAGAAACGUUUAUUAGAAAAAAACAAAAACCAGUGCAAACAAUUAGUAAAGUUUCGACAUGCUUAAACAGCGAAACAAGAGGAUCAACUCUGCCAAUUGAUAAGUAUACAUCUCUUCAGCAAAGGAACAAAGCACUAGCAAAGCAUAAAAGAAAGGUGAGAUAGAAACAAAUAUAGGUAUGCAACAGCUCCCAUGCACUCUGUGUAAACACGAGCGAACGCAUGCGCGAACGUGUGUGAGCAUAUGGUUGUGUAUGAAAAACUCCAAAAAUCCAAAGACAACAGUUUUUUCUUUUAAAUUGUAAAAAAUGCAUGUUUUAUAAAGGCCGGGAUGGCAAGUGAAUACCUCCUAACACGUUACAGUCUUGCUGAACGCAUAUUCUAUUAAUUGGGCAUGUAGGACGCACCGCCGUUUAAGGGUGCGUUGCCGUACAUCACAUUGCUCACGGGGACGCCAGCGUUCAUUCCCGUAGCCGCCAACAAGCCAUUUUGAAACUCUGCGGUCGACAUUGCCGGAGGCAUCAUUUGCAUGGGAUCCAUUGCACCCAUGCUUGACAUCGUUGGCACAUCUUGCGGCGGCAUCGAAGGCGUGUUACUUUCGCUGCUGUACGAUGCCAUGGAUGCGGUCGGCGACGUCUUCGACUGUCGGAAUCGCCGCCGGCGUGAAAUCUUCUCUUUGCGAAGAUUGACGGGACGGUUCUGGCCAUGCAAGCGAGCAUACAGGCCACAUGCAUUGCAAACUGUUUGUCCUUGUGGACUCUUUCUCCACAACGAUGUUUUUUUAGUUUGACAAUUGGUGCACACCAAACCGGCAUUGUCCUUGUUGUGGGCAGGCUUCGUGCGAGGCAACAAAGGACGCAUAAUACCAUAUUGUUUGGCGUACAGACCACAUGCAUUACACAAGAAAUGCUUGCGGUCCGGAGUGCGACGCCACAAAGGUGUGUGAGUAACUUUACAAUUGAAACAAAUGUUAUCACGGGUCUUGCGCCGCCGGGAGGGGUUGCUUGAAGCGCUAUUCUGUAUUGCGUUAUCCUCGGACUUUGGAGCUCCCUCAUUCUCUUCAGCGGUGUCCUUUUUCAUUCCCAUGUUCGGUUGCGGCACAAUGGGAUAUGUCGGAGACAAUUGGCUGGGAUCGCUACCAAUCGCAGGAGAGCGCAUUGGUGCAAAGUUCAUCUGACGCUGCUGCUGCUGCUGUUGCUGCUGCAUUUGCACAUUCUCGUUAGGGAGAAGUAGGGAGGAGCCUGUGUUAGGCAUAUAGCCGUUCGACAAAGAAGGAUUAUACAGUGCGGAGUUCACCAACUCUGGCGAAUCGUAGCUUUGAAGCACAUUCUCAAAUGCGAACACGGAGUCCAGCGAAGCAGCGGACUCGGAAAGGCUAGGAAGAGAUGCAAUGCUCUCCUGCAUGUUCAAGGGAUAACCGAUGGUGGCUUGCUCGCCGUAAGGUGAACAAGCAACAUUCACAUCGCCAAUACUCUUAGAGUUGGUAUUUUGCGAGAACCCUUGGUUUGCAGGGACAGGAGCAGUUGGAACAACACCCAUGUUUGGAGAAUAAGCGCUACCGUUCGAAGAUGCCAUGUUGCCGAGCAAGGCAUUUUGGCAUUCGCGGUCAGUUUGCGGAAACAAACUGAGCUGCGCAUUCUCUAAAUUAGAGUCGCCAUUGAACAGCAACUGCAGAGGCGUAUCAAGAGCCGCAGACGAAGGCGUGUUGAGAUGGGUGAAGGGUGGUGUCUUCUCAGGCGCAUUCAGCAUCAGCAUAGAGCUAACUUCAUCCGAAUAGACAUCUGAGAAUUGCUCUUGCCGCCAGAUUGGUGUUUGGGAGGAGGAUUCCGAAAUUGGCACACUGCCAAAAU